GGACAGCUGGUCACCCUAACCGGUGAACGCCAGGCGCCUCCGCAGGGCCCCAUCGCGGGCAGCUGGGCGCCCAUCCUCUAUGGCACUGCAGCAGGAGACGGGCCCCACCCCGCGCCGCUCUGGCCGCCGCUGCCCGCUCUCGAUGGCAGUCCCCGUCCGCUGGGGAGAGCGACAUGUCAGUGCGCGGCGCGCGGGUGAUGACGUCAUCGGCCGCGGCCCGACGGGCGCCUCAGUCCUGCCGCUGAGAGUCGGGGGAGCGAGUGCGAGCGGCGCUGCUGAGCAGCCUCCUUCCUCAUCGGCCACCGUAUCGGAAGCCCGCAGCUCCCUCGCCGGCCACCGUCCGGUCGCUCAGCCCACCGGGGAGGCUUAGGGAGACAAGGGGUCCGAAGCUCUCACCUCUCCCAAGUCGGCGGCGGCAGAUGGAGCGGAGCAGCCGGAGGCAGCCGGCGGCAGGGCGACUGGGCUCGCAGGGCGGCCGGCCGCGGCGCUUCGCGGGGCGGCCCCCGGCUCAGCUUCUCCUGGUGCUGCUGCUGCUGCUGGUGCCGGGGCCCGAGGCGGCGGCGGCGGCGGCGGCCGAGGGGAAGGAGUGCGAUAAGCCGUGCGCCAAUGGCGGGCGCUGCCAGCCGGGCAGCGGGCAGUGCGAGUGCCAGGCCGGCUGGGUGGGGGACCAGUGCCAGCACUGCGGGGGCCGCUUCAGGCUAACUGGAUCUUCUGGAUAUGUAACAGAUGGGCCUGGACAUUAUAAAUACAAAACAAAAUGCACAUGGCUCAUUGAAGGAAAGCCAAAUACAGUCUUGAGGCUUCGAUUCAAUCACUUUGCUACAGAAUGCAGUUGGGACCAUUUGUACGUGUAUGAUGGAGACUCAGUUUAUGCUCCAUUAGUGGCAGCCUUUAGUGGUCUUAUUGUUCCUGAGAAGGAUGGCAAUGAAACAAUCCCAGAAGUUGUAGCCACUUCUGGCUAUGUCCUACUGCAUUUCUUUAGUGAUGCUGCCUAUAAUUUGACAGGGUUUAAUAUCACCUAUAAUUUCGACAUGUGUCCCAAUAAUUGUUCUGGCCGAGGAGAGUGCAAACACAGUAACGGCAGUAACACUGUUCAAUGUGAAUGUUCUGAACACUGGAAAGGAGAGGCGUGUGAUAUUCCUUAUUGCACAGAGGAUUGUGGAUAUCCUGCAAGAGGUCAGUGCAACAUGAAUGGGACCAAAGGAUGCUCGUGCAAUUCAGGCUGGCAAGGUCCUGGCUGUGCAGUCCCUGUACCAGCUAAUCAGUCAUUCUGGACUCGUGAAGAAUACUCUAGUCCGAAGCUUCCCAGAGCGUCUCACAAAGCUGUUGUCAAUGGCAAUGUAAUGUGGGUUGUUGGAGGCUACAUGUUCAAUCAUACCGAUUCCCAUAUGGUUUUAGCGUAUGACCUUGUUUCUGAGGAGUGGCUUCCACUGAACAGCGCUGUGAAUUCUGUAGAGAUCAGAUAUGGUCAUUCAUUGGCGUUACAUGAGAAUAAAAUCUAUAUGUAUGGAGGAAAAAUAGAUGCAAUGGGGAAUGUGACCAAUCAACUCUGGGUAUUCCAUAUACACAAUGAGUCAUGGGUUCAAGUGAUCCCAAAAGCCAAGGAGCAGUAUGCAGUUGUUGGCCACUCAGCACACAUCGUCACUCUGGGGGAUGGCAGUGCUGUUAUGCUCGUCAUCUUUGGGCACUGCCCUUUGUAUGGGUAUAUCAGCAAUGUGCAGGAAUAUAACCUUGCGACAAAUACAUGGAAUAUUUUACAAACAAGUGGAGCCUUGGUGCAGGGAGGGUAUGGUCACAGCAGUGUUUACGAUCCAAACACCAAAUCAAUCUAUAUCCAUGGAGGUUACAAAGCGUUCAGUGCUAACAAGUAUAGACUAGCAGAUGACUUAUACAAAUAUGAAGUUGAUACACGGAUGUGGACAAUUCUUAAAGAUAGUAGAUUUUUCCGCUAUUUGCACACUGCUGUGAUAAUGAGUGGAACCAUGCUGGUGUUUGGAGGAAAUACACACAAUGACACAUCAAUGAGCCAUGGUGCUAAGUGCUUUUCUUCAGAUUUUAUGGCAUAUGAUCUUGCUUGUGAUCAUUGGUCAGUACUUCCUCGACCUGAUCUCCAACAUGAUGUCAACAGAUUUGGACAUUCUGCUGUGCUGAGUGACAGCACUGUGUAUAUAUUUGGGGGGUUCAACAGCCUCCUUCUGAGCGAUAUACUGAGGUAUACACCAGAAAGCUGUGAAGCUUAUGACAACGAGACGUCUUGCUUAAGAGCAGGUCCUGGAGUCAGGUGUGUGUGGAACACCACUUUUUCUCUGUGUGUCCCAUGGGAAAGAGCAACAGUAGAGCAACAACAAAAAGUUUUCGAAGAAUGUCCUUCUAAACCAGAUCAUGAAAAAUGUAAUCAGAUUACAGACUGCUAUAGCUGUACAGCGAAUACAAAUAACUGUCAAUGGUGCACUGACCAGUGUAUCUUAAAGCAUAACAACUGCACUGAAGAUCAGGUACCCAUUACUGAAUAUGAUAAAUGCCCCAAGGAUAACCCUGCAUAUUACUGUAACAAAAAGACAAGUUGUAAAAGCUGUGCCAUGGAUCAGAACUGCCAAUGGGAGCCCAGGAAUCAAGAAUGCAUAGCCUUACCUGAAAAUAUCUGUGGAGCAAACUGGCAUUUGGUUGGCAACUCGUGUUUGAAAAUCAAUAGCACAAAAGAGAGCUAUGACAAUGCUAAAUUGGCAUGCAGAACUCAGAAUGCUCUGCUGGCAUCUUUCACAACCCAGAAGAAGGUGGAAUUUGUUCUAAAGGAGCUGCAGAGAAUGCAGUCUUUGGCCAAAACUUUGACCCCCUGGGUUGGGCUGCGGAAGAUCAAUGUGUCAUACUGGUGCUGGGAAGACAUGUCUCCAUUUACAAACACCUUGCUCCAGUGGCUGCCUGGGGAACCAAGUGGUGCUGGAUUUUGUGGAUAUUUAGCUGAGUCUUACCAGCAGGGAUUGAAGGCCGCAACAUGUAUCGACCACGUUAAUGGCAGUAUCUGUGAAAGGCCUGCUAACCACAGUGCCAAGCAAUGUCGCACACCCUGUGCCUUGAGGAUGGCGUGUGGAGAGUGCACGAGUGGCAGCUCUGAGUGCAUGUGGUGCAGUAACAUGAAACAGUGCGUGGAUUCAAAUGCUUACGUGGCCUCUUUCCCCUAUGGCCAGUGUAUGGAGUGGUACACCAUGAGCAGUUGUCCACCUGCAAACUGUUCCGGCUACUGCACAUGUGCUCAUUGUUUGGAACAGCCUGGCUGUGGUUGGUGUACGGACCCUAGUAACACAGGAAAGGGGAAAUGCAUGGAAGGCUCCUACAGAGGUCCAGUAAAGAUGCCAUCUCCACCAACAACAGGAAAAUACUACCUGGAACCCAUCCUUAAUGUCAGCAUGUGUCCAGCAGAGAACAAAUACAACUGGUCCUUUAUCCAGUGUCCAGCCUGCCAGUGCAAUGGGCACAGUAAAUGUGUAAAUGAAAGCAUCUGUGAAAAGUGUGAGAACCUGACAACUGGCAAACACUGUGAGACUUGUAUAUCCGGCUACUAUGGAGAUCCUACUAAUGGAGGAACAUGCCAGUCUUGCAAGUGUAAUGGUCAUGCCUCUAUCUGUAAUACAAAUACAGGAAAGUGUUUCUGUACUACCAAAGGAAUUAAAGGAGAUGAGUGUCAACUGUGUGAGGUAGAAAAUCGAUACCAGGGAAAUCCACUUAAAGGAACAUGUUAUUAUACUCUUCUUAUUGACUAUCAGUUCACCUUCAGCCUUUCCCAAGAGGAUGAUCGCUACUAUACUGCAAUCAAUUUUGUAGCAACACCUGAAGAGCAAAAUAGAGACCUGGACAUGUUUAUCAAUGCAUCUAAAAACUUCAACCUCAACAUAACUUGGUCAACAAGUUUUGCAGCUGGCACACAGGCAGGAGAGGAGAUUCCAGUUGCUUCAAAGUCCAACAUAAAGGAAUACAAGGAUAGCUUCUCCAAUGAGAAAUUUGAUUUCCGGAGCAACCCCAACAUCACUUUCUUUGUUUACGUCAGCAACUUCACCUGGCCAAUAAAAAUACAGAUUGCUUUCUCACAGCACAGCAACUUUAUGGACCUGGUACAGUUCUUUGUGACAUUUUUCAGUUGUUUCCUGUCUUUGCUCCUGGUGGCUGCCGUGGUUUGGAAGAUUAAACAAAGUUGCUGGGCAUCACGUCGGAGAGAGCAACUACUCCGUGAGAUGCAACAGAUGGCUAGCCGUCCCUUUGCCUCCAUCAAUGUUGCCUUAGAAACAGACGAAGAGCCGCCUGAUCUCAUUGGAGGAAGCAUAAAGACUGUUCCGAAACCAAUAGCGCUGGAACCCUGUUUUGGAAACAGAGCAGCAGUCCUCUCAGUAUUUGUGAGGUUGCCUCGAGGAAUGGGUGGUAUCCCGCCGCCAGGGCAGUCAGGUCUUGCAGUGGCCAGCGCUUUGGUGGACGUUUCACAACAAAUGCCAAUUGCCUACAAAGAGAAAUCAGGAGCAGUACGAAAUCGGAAACAACAGCCCCCGGCACAGCCAGGAACCUGUAUUUGAUGCAUGGACAUCAUAAACUGUCUCUCUAGGGUUUUAAACACCAGUAACACAUAGGAGGAGGAGAAGAAGAAAGAUUUUACAGUGGUGACACAAAAGAGACUAAAAAUAUAUGGAAAAUGCAACUUCCUUGAACCCAGCUUUUUUUCUCAUACACUUGAUAGUUGGCUUUGUUUGACAAUUGCUCCACUUAAGUUUUACUGACAUAUGCCACAGGAUGGUUCAACAUUUUUUCCCCCCUGGUUUAAAAAAAAAAAAAAAGAUUUCACGUCCAGUAACCUCUAAUCACCACCACUGAAGGUCAGUGUAAAUAAAACGGUAGUACAAACAUAAAUGACACUCAGGUUUAUGCAUGGAAAGUGCAUUAUAGUACAUGUAUUUAUCAAACUGUGCCAAAAGGGGAGCGGGAGGGAAAGGGAAAAAAAAAAGAUGCAGCAUUUCCAGGUAAGUCUCAGCCCUCAGCACAUGAAAACAAUAUUAAACUUCAUUGUUGCUUUCAUUUCAGAUGUAAUAAUUUCAAAGAUUUUCUGUUUAUUCCCACAUUAUUUAAUUAGUGCUCUUUUUUUUUGUCAUUUAUGGUCCAGCUCAAUAUAUAGCAUCAAGGUAGGAAAGAAUGAAGCAAAGA